AGGAAUGAAUAGUAAUGACCGUAGGACUGGGGUCUGGUGGGGAAGGGGCGGGCCCUCCGCGGGCAACAUACGGGCCUAACGCUGAGGCGGACAAGGCUGCACGUCACAGGAAGUGGGGGCCCCACCCUCUGGCGCCAGGGACCGGAAGUGGGCGUUGCCCAGGUGUGGCCGUGAGGCGGAGGCGGCCGUGAGGCGAGCGCGGCGCCGCUGAGGUAGGGAAGGGCCCAAGGCCCGUCUUGGCUCCUCCAAACGCUUCACCUGAAAGCACUUGAAGUCAGCUCCUUCGUUUUCAGCAUGGAAGACACUUACAUUGACUCCCUGGACCCUGAAAAGCUAUUACAGUGUCCCUAUGAUAAAAACCACCAGAUCAGGGCCUGCAGGUUUCCUUAUCAUCUUAUCAAGUGCAGGAAGAAUCAUCCCGAUGUUGCAAACAAAUUGGCUACUUGUCCCUUCAAUGCUCGUCACCAGGUUCCUCGGGCUGAAAUCAGUCACCAUAUCUCAAGCUGUGAUGACAAGAGCUGCAUUGAGCAGGAUGUGGUCAAUCAGACCAGGAACCUUGGACAAGAGAGACUGUCUGAGAGCACAUGGCAGUGCCCGCCUUGUGAUGAAGACUGGGACAAAGAUUUGUGGGAACAGACUAGCACCCCAUUUGUCUGGGGCACAGCCAGCUUCUGUGGCAACAACAGCACUGCUAGCAACAUAGUUAUGGAGCAUAAGAGCAACCUGGCUUCAGGCAUGAGAGUUCCCAAGUCUCUGCCGUACGUUCUGCCAUGGAAAAACAAUGGAAAUGCACAGUAACUGAAUAUCUUUCUCAAAUGCCAGACUCUUGAAGACACUUGCUUCUUUCUGCUACCCAAGAGUUCAUUUUUUUCUCCUUAUCUAAUUAGAGAAUGAUAAAAAUUGCCUGUGACUUACAAA